AUGUUGUUUGUCUCAACAAGAUCUCUCUCUCUCUCUCUCUUUUGACACAAACAAAAAAACUUAAUACAUCAUCUUGUAUUCAUUAUGCCUACUAAGCUACUAUUAUUAUUCUUUGUGUGCCUCACCUCGCAUGCCCCCCUUCCCUUUUCUCCCUUCUUAUUUCCCCUAUAUAUACUCACUUCCCUGUUCCUAACUCUUCCCACCACCUCCCACUUCUCUCUCUCUCUCUCUCUCUUUUUCAUCAAACAUUUUGCAUUCAUCAUCAAUGGCUGUUUCUGGUUUUGAAGGAUUUGAAAAGAGGCUGGAGCUACACUUCUCCGGUGAUGAUCCUGUCAUCCAAAUGGGUGGUCUACGACAACUCGACUUCGAAUCAAUUGAACAAGUAUUAAAUGCAGUGCAAUGCACUGUUGUAUCAGCUGUUGGCAACCAAUACUUUGAUUCUUACGUACUAUCUGAAUCAAGUCUCUUUGUUUACCCCACAAAAAUUAUCAUCAAAACAUGUGGUACUACUCAGUUGUUGAAAUCUAUUCUCCCGUUGAUCCAGUUCUCUUGUGAACUCGGCUUUGUUAUGAGUGAGUGUAGGUACACUAGAGGAAACUUCAUUUUCCCAAAAGCUCAACCUUACCCUCACACAAAUUUCAAGGAUGAAAUCUUUUACUUACAAGAACAAUUACCUAUUCAUCUUUGUUAUAGAAAAGCCUCCGUCAUGCCUUCCAAAUUCAUCUCUCAUUCCUGGCAUGUUUUUAUUGCUUCUGAUAAAUUCUAUGAUAUUAAUAGCCCGAACAAUGAUCUUUUCACUAUAGAAAUCUGUAUGACGGAGCUUGAUCGUGUAACUGCUAGGAAGUUUUUCAAACAUCCAAAUAUGGCUGCAAAUGAGAUGACUGAGAUAACAGGUAUUUCAGAAAUUAACCCAAAUGCUUUGAUUUGUGACUUUGUGUUUGAUCCUUGUGGAUAUUCCAUGAAUGGAAUUGACAAUGGGGAUCGUUACUCUACUAUUCAUGUCACCCCUGAAGAUGGUUUUAGUUAUGCAAGUUAUGAGUGUGUUGGAUCAAUUUAUGAUGAUCCAAAUCACAUAGUUAACAUAUUGAAGAAAGUGGUACAAGUAUUUCGGCCAGGGACUAUGUCGAUUUCGACUACGUCCACGAGCAACGAGGUUUGGACCAGAGUUGCUAAAGCUGUCGAACCGCUAGGAAUAAAAUGCCGGAGCUGCACAAUGGAUGAUUUUCCCUCGGCAGGAAGCGUGGUUUUUCAGACUUUUACGUCGUGCCGAAAGUAGGAUGCGACGCAGCGGUGGUGGCAACAUGGUGGUAUUAGUAUCGUCUAUGAUGGUAGAUAUGUGGGAAAAGUGGUUUGAGAGUAAACGGAGGAAGUAGGGGACCUUUUUUUUUUUUCCUCUUCUUGUUUUUUGUAUUUCUCUUUUAUCUUAUUUUAAUUUUGUUAGAGUUUAGUUGAAAUUUUUUAAUUAAAAAGAAGUAGAAUAUUGAUGCAUGAGUUAUGUAAUUGCAUUGGAAUAUUGGAUGGUGGCUGAUCUUGAUGAUCAAUGUAAGCUUUGACUUGUGUAGGGUGAUCAAGUAAAUUUUCACCAUAUGGUUAUUAUCCAAAGAGUUUCUAUUAGAAAGUUAUUCAUUAAUUUA